UUCGGAGAAGCGGACAGCCAGGACUCCAAGAUGGCGUCAGUUGUACCACUGAAGGAGAAGAGGCUCCUGGAUGUCAAAUUAGGGGAGCUGCCAAGCUGGAUACUGAUGCGGGAUUUCACCCCUAGAGGCAUUGCUGGAGCGUUUCAAAGAGGUUACUACCGGUAUUACAACAAGUACGUCAACGUGAAGAAAGGGAGCGUCGCGGGGCUUUCCAUGGUGCUGGCAGCUUACGUGCUUUUCAACUACUGCCGCUGUUACAAGGAGCUCAAACAUGAGCGGCUCCGCAAGUACCACUGAAGGAGGCGCACUCUGCAUUCCUGACCAGGACCUUUGCCCUGCACCCCCGAAUCCUUUCACAUCCUACUAGAGAAUCACCACCCAAUAAAAGAUGACUGUACCUGGAAAAAAAAAA